CUUCAACGAAGUGGCGUUGGGUUCAACGAUCAUGGAGAUUUUAAAAUAGACUGUUCGAAUGACCAAUGAGACCAAAUUGUCAAGCAAGAUAAAAACGUCUGUUGUAUGCGUAACAAGUCUUGGCCAUAUCUGGAGGAUUGGAAAUUGAUUUUUGGCAAGGAUAGGGACACAAGCCGUACUUCAGAAUAUGUUGGGCAGACAGUGAACAACUCUAUCCCUGAGGAGCAUGUUGCCGACACGGACGGGCUGAGUAAUAUGAAUACAAGCUUUGAUGAUAUUCUUGUUGAGGAUCUAGUAUAAGCAACAUGUGGAACUGAACAUGGUGGAGACAAUGCUCAGAGCAAAAAAAAAAGGCGAACCUUCCAAGAGAUGCAAACGUAAACGCAAGGGACAUGACGAUGACGAUGGCUUGCUCGAGCUACUUGGGAAGCUUCAUGCUGAAACAAACUCUCGCCUUGAGACUCUGUCAAUGCGCAUUGGCUACGAGAUGGACUUAGGGAAGGCUCGACAAAAUGUGUUCAACCAACUUGGUGGCAUGCCCUCCCUAUCUGAAGAACUAGUAUACUGUGAAAUAUUGGGUAAGGACAAUUCGAGGCUUGAGAUCUUCAUGGGUUUACCAGAACCAUCGAAGCCAGGGUACGUGAUGCGUAUCCUCAAGAAAGAACGCCUUAUCAGAAUAUUGGUGCAGGUGUGCUUUUUGGUAAUACUGGUGCUUUGGGAAACAAGGUUAUUAUCCUUUUUGACUCAGGGUUUUUUGGCUAAAAACUACUAAAUGCCGGAUUAUUCCCUGAUGUAAUGAAGUUGGUAUGUUUUGCUGCUUCCUUUUUCUGACUAGACUGUUUGAUGAACAAGUUUCUAUAUUAGGACCUACUACCUUGUUGGCUUGUAAGACUUUGAUAAUAUUAUUUUGGUAAUAGUCA